AUGGCACCCUUCAAAGACUACACCUACACCCACUUCCUCGUCACCUCCCCUUCCCCCUUCGUAGCCCACGUCGAAAUCAACCGCCCGCAGAAGCUCAACGCCUUCUCAGAGCCCGUAUGGCGCGAGUUCGCCACCGUCUUUGACCGCCUCAGCCAUGACCCGGACGUCCGCGCAGUCGUCCUCUCCGGCGCCGGUGACCGCGCUUUCUCCGCCGGCCUCGACGUCCAGGACGCCGUCAACAGCCCCCUCGGCGCGGACCUCGGCGGCGACCCGGCCCGCUACGCGACGAACAUGCGCCGCCACAUUACCGAGUUCCAGGAUGCUAUCGCUGCCAUGGAGAAGUGUGAGAAGCCCGUCGUCUGCGUCCUCCACGGAAUCUCAAUCGGCAUCGCCAUCGACAUCUCAUGCUGCGCCGACGUACGCAUCGCCGCGCGCAACACCCGCUUCGCCGUAAAAGAAGUCGACAUCGGCCUCGCCGCCGACCUCGGCACUCUCAGCCGGCUGCCCAAGCUCGUCGGGUCCACGUCGUGGGUGAAAGACGUCUGCCUCUCGGCGCGGGACUUCUCGGCCGACGAGGCGCUCGCCGUGGGCUUCGUCAGCCAGGUGCACGACUCCAAGGACGCGGCCGUCGCUGCGGGAACGAAGUGGGCCGAGUUCGUCGCCAGCAAGAGUCCUGUUGCGGUGCAGGGUACCAAGGAGCUGUUGAACCAUGCGAGAGAUCACUCUGUUGCGGAGAACUUGCGGUACACUACUAUUUGGAACGCUGCCAUGCUUCAAUCAAGCGAUACCAAGACUGCCCUGAUGUCCGGGUUGCAGAAGAAGAAGCCUACUUUUGAGAAGCUCUAG